ACAAUCUUGCAUUGAUAUCCACUUACGGACAUAUUUCUUGAAUAUAAUUUUGUGGAAUCAAUCAAAUAUCAAGUAAUUACAAGAGGAGGAGGAGGAAAAGCCUGCGGAACCAUUUCAGUGAAGAAUUACAGCAGAAAGACAGAAGCAAGCAUGGCUCUGGAGAACUGUUUACGAGUGAGCACAGUGGGUAUGGCCAGACCUCAAUGCAUUCAUCCAUUUUCCUUGAGGCAAAAGCUUGCCCGCCCCAGUUUCAAAGGAUCCCAAUCAUCAGUAUCAAACCCCUCUCUUAACUUAACGACGAGUAAUUACAGAAGAUCCCGUUUUAUUUGCAAUGCCCGAGAAGCAAUUAACGAAGUUCGGGCAGUGACGGAUUCGACCUGGAAUAACCUGGUGAUAGCAAGUGAGACCCCAGUGCUGGUGGAGUUUUGGGCACCAUGGUGCGGACCGUGCAGGAUGAUAGCUCCUGUGAUUGAUGAAUUGGCUAAAGAGUAUGCCGGCAAAAUUGCAUGCUACAAGCUCAACACCGAUGACAGUCCAAACAUACCCACACAAUACGGAAUCAGGAGCAUACCAACAGUUCUCUUCUUCAAGAAUGGUGAGAAAAAAGAAAGCGUAAUUGGCGCGGUCCCCAAGUCCACCUUGUCCGCGACUCUGGAGAAAUAUCUAGAUAUCUGAACCACAAGAAGGAACUGGAAUUGAAUUGCAAUGAGAUUUUAGAUCCGUUGCUAUUUCUCAUUUUCUUCGAUUGAGAGCUAAUAUUAGUUUAUCGGGACGAUCGUUCCUUUCCUGGAUUCAACACAGAUAAUCUUUAUACCCUCUGUUUUUCCCUUUGCACUGAGGAAAAUGUUCAGUCUCUUCUCUCUUCUUAUUCGAACAUCUGUCAAGAUUUGUUUUGUAUAAAUCAUCCACCGUUUUUCCACAUCGGACUUCACCGAUGCCA